AUGGUGCUCCACCUAAUCUGGAAGCACCUAAUCAACGAAAGGGAAGACGAAAACAACAAGGAAAGACAGAACUACACAGACAGCCUCUACUGCAUCCUCGACUUUCUCGACGACGACGAUCUGCUGGUACUGAUGGAAGCCUUCCCCACAAUGGCAGGCCUGGUCUACUGGUCGUACGGCGCGAAGUACCUAUGGAAAGACGCAAUACAACCACGGCGAGACGAGGCUCAGACGAUAUAUUGGCACCAGCUGCACGAGGCGCUGCGGCGGCAGAAGAAGGGUCACGAAAAGGCGAUCAUGUUGCGUCGACAGGCCCGGGGGGUUGAGGCUUGGAGCAAAGUUCCAGAAUGGAGGCAUACCGAACGGGUGAUAAAUCGGAGACUGUUGGCUGCGAAGAUCUUUGAGCUGGAAAGGCAGUUGGAGUGUGUUGAGGAUCUACAAACCCUCCAUGCGAGGGCGCUGCGGCCGGUUCCUGGAGAGAGUGCUGCGCGAUGGUGGAAUCGAAGGUUUGCAGCGCAGAUCCAAGCUGAUAUCAAGACGGCGAUUGCUGCUGCGAAAGAAGAAGACGACGACGAGGCAGCGGAGAUUAACCCUAACAACCCGCCGCCUCCACCACAGCUGGCGUCUUUCGUGGAUAAUGCUGUCCCUGUACCAGACGAAACAGUCGAAGAGAACUGCAAAGAAGUAAAAUUCAAACCAAUCGAGCGGAUGAUCGCGCUGGAUUACCAUCUGGCCCUGCGAGCCCUGAGACGACUGGGCCUGUUCGACCCCCAUGGCUACACCCACGACGGAGCCACAUACCUUGCCGAGGCCAUCAUCUGCCAAGGCCAAAGCUGCAUCAUGCUAAUAAUGAGCGGCUACGCCGCUGUCGAAAUCCGCAAACUGCCAUCAGUUCCCGACGUCUCGCCGUCCCAGUUUGGAAUCCGUUCCCACAUCAGUCUCCUCAUUACAGAAAAGGUCAGCCACGGACUCGGCCUCGCCCUAGACAUCCUGCUCGAGGAUAACCCACAGCUCAACGCGCAUACCCUACUAUUGCCAAAUCAGAAGAGGCGCAUCUGCUGCUUCGCAACCGGCCGUUUAGCUGAGCUUCUAGCCAGUACCGGAUUGGACCUCGCACAGACGACCUGGUUGACGAGAAACAGUACACCGUGGCACAUGGCAGCACAUAACCCGAACAAAUCGUUCUAUGAUUUCCUGCACCAGCAUAUCCCGGAUACAAUAGACCAGAUCAAUGACGAGGGUGAGCUGCCGAUUACGAUUGCGCAGGAAAUACACGAGAUGGAGAGGGUGCAGUGGCUUAUUGAUCGCGGCGCGGCGUUUUAUCCUGCUGCUCAAAGGAUGUUGUCCAAGCUUUGCUCCCCCGCGGACCCAUGGUUCCUGUUUUAUUUCCAAGCUGUCGGCGCUGGGCUGUCUAAUGAUCCGUGGAUAAAUGAUGUUGUCGAGGGAUUGCAGACGCAAAUAAGUGAACAGGGGCCGGGUGAGAAAGGGGAAUUGAUAGAACGAGCAAAGACGCUGAUUACGAAGUUGAGGGCGGGGAAUGGGAUUGCUGAAGCGAGUUUGGGUACUGUGAAUGAUAGGAAUGAGACGGCCCUUCAGGCUGCGACAAGGUAUGGGCUGAAACAGAUUCUCCGUCUAUUACAGCCGCCGGCGUCAUCGAGGUAUAACUUGAGGAAGCGGGUGAAGAGGGAUCAUCACAAAUAG